AUGAGUCCCAAAGCUUCAGACCGACCUACCGUCAAGCCUUUUGAAGAAAGCAGUCACGUUGAACAUGUGGUGGGAAACGUAGAAGGAGGCGAGGUCCUGGAGACCAAGUAUGCUUCUCUCGGGAAAUGGGAGGUAGCCAGGGUCUUCUGGAGGACUACCAUCUUCUGCUUGAUCCUAAAUUGGGCAGCCCUUAACGAUGGGUUCCAGCAGCAGGUUCCCGGCAACGUCAUUCCCAUGCAGGCUUUCAUCAACCAGAUGGCCGACACGACCCUCGACGGCGAACCGGCCAUCAGCGCCAAAGUCAUCUCGUAUUGGCAGGGCUUUGCGGAAAUGUCCAAGACUCUGGGCAUGUUUACAGCGGGCUACUUCGCUGACCGCUUUGGCCGAAAGCUGGCCAUGAUGGGUGCUGUCGUGAUUCUGCUUGGCGGUUCGGUUGCCCAGAUCGUAGCAUUCGACUGGAAGAGCUGGCUCGGAGCUGCCGUGCUCGUUCGUUUGGGCGUUGGUCUGGCUCAGUCCGUUCUUGUCACUUACGUCUCCGAGCUAUCGCCGUUCCAGAUUCGAGGCUUGAUGAUUGGUGCCUACCAGCUCUUCAUCGCCUUGGGUCAGCUCAUUAGUGCCGUCGCUACUCAGCUCGUUGAUGUUUACCAGCCAACCAAGUGGAGGCCAUUGAUCGCUACCGAGUUCAUCUUUACAGGACUCCUCGUCAUUCUCAUCUUUUUCGUUCCCGAAUCCCACCUCUACCACGCUCGAAAGGGAGACCAUGAGAAAGCAAAGAGCUGCAUGAUCAGACUGUAUGGGACUGCGCCCGGCUAUGAUGUGGACCACGAGUAUCGUGUUAUUCAGCAUGGUCUCGAGGCUGAAAAGCCGUUCAACGAGACAGUCAAGGAGUCUUCCUUCUUGGAAAUUUUCCAGCGUGCUCACUGGCGCAGGACAUUCGCAGGCUGCUUGGGUAUUUGCAGCCAGUGGGCUGCGGGUGCCCCGAUCGUAUUCGGGUAUUCGACAUAUUUCUUCAAAGUUGCGGGCCUUAAAGACCCCUUUGUUGUUACCAUUAUUACUGGAUGCUUCUUCAUGAUGGUCUUCAAUGUCGGACUUGGAACGACCGGCUUCUUCAAAUCAGACGCAUCAGACAAGGCAGCUCUUGCCUUCUUGUUGCUUUGGGUAAUCUGCUACGGCUGCUCAGCUGGACCCAUUGGCUUCGUCGCAGCCGGAGAAACCUCGACUCCUCGUCUCCGAGCUCAGACAACGUCCUUCAACCUGGGCUGUUAUGGCCUCGGCUUUGUUGUCUUUCAGUGGUCCGUUUCGUACAUGAUUAGCCCUGAUGCAGGAAAUAUGGGUAUCAAGGCCGUCUAUGUAUGGGCUGGCAUGUUGGUUCCUACAACGAUCCUGUUGUGGUUCUUCUAUCCCGAGACUUAUGGCCGAACGUACUGGGAGCUCGACGAACUUUACGAGAGAAAGAUCCCCGCCUGGAGAUUCAAGAACACCAAGACUCUCACCGAGGAGAAGGGCCACAAGGAUAAAGCGGUCAGGUCUGGCUAG